GUCUCAAUGGACAAGACUGAGAGAUCUCAGCUCGUAUGUAACUGGUUGUAUUCGAGUCCGGGUAAUCCACUUGCAGUCCACGAUGUUUCGUAGAGCUCUUCAGCUGUGCUGUGUUUUUACCGCCUUGGGCUGCGUGGACACCCAGGACGGAGAACCUAAAGAACAGUCUAGCAGACGGUUACAACCCUGGCUUACAGGGAUCAUUGCAGUCGUUGUAUUUCUCUGCGUAUGUUUCAUUGGAUUUAUCGUGAAUAAAAUCUGGUGCACAAAUUCAGAGGAGAGUAAUCAACCGGAAUCACCAGCAGCAGAAGCUGACUACAUAAAUAUUAAUGGAAAACAGACCUCUGAAACCCUGACUUUAAAAGGCGCUGUGAGAUCCAGUGAACAUUCCAAUGCCUAUGAAAAUAUGUGUGUGGUGUGCACUGAUGAAUCACCGAAGAUAAUUGUAACUGCAAUGUAGCACUGUCCAGAAAAUGCUUUUCAGAAGAUCUAUUUACAUCGGAUUUAUACAAAACAUUUUAUUUUUGAAUAUAAACGUAGAAAGGGGACACAAUGUGACGAAAUUCUAAUGAGGUGGAUCUUUUAGUAUAACUUGAACACAUUUUUCAAUGAAUCUGUGUGUUACACAUAAUGAAUGGUUACAUUUGAUUUUUUGAAUAUACUAUUAUAUACAGAUUCAGAACAUUAUCUUUCCCUGAUGAGAGACAUGCAGGUGGCCUUCUAUCCACCACUUGCAACUGGUUACUCAGAAACAUGAGAGAGCAGUCUGAGAUUGUUUGUUUGAUUUUUAUUUUUGUAAACAAUCUCCUUCAACACAGUCGAGUCAAGAACUGAACUCUGGGGAAGCCAUUGGUUUCAGCUUCAAGAUUAGAAUGGUGCUGGAAAAGCACAGCAAGUCAGACAGCAUCCGAUGAGCAGGAAAAUUGAUGUUCUGGGCAAAAGUCCUUCAUCAGGAAGCUGGGAGCUUCAGGGGUGGAGAGAUAAAUGAGUGGAUGUUGGGGCUGAGAUCAAGGUAGCUGAGAGUGCAAUAAGUGGAUGGAGGUGGGGAUAAAGGUGAUAAGUCGGAGAAGAGGGUGGAGCGGAUAGGUGGGAAGGACGAUUGACAGGUAGGACAGGUCACGAAGGUGGUGUUGAGCUGGAAGGUUGGAACUGGGGUAAGGUGGGGGGGGGGUGGAGAAUGAGGAAACUGGUUUCAGCUUGUCAGUUGGAUUUCCGAGCAAACUGUGAGCUCCUUUAUAUUGACCAGAACUCUUCUAAACCCGCCACUAGAGGGUGCAUGAUCACAACUGAAAGUGACUUCACCUUUCCUUUUGAAGUUAGAAACCUGCUAUGCAAUAUUUGAAGAUAGAAAUUUAGACUCAUGUCCAUGAUAAUAAUUGUAUUUGAUUUGCAAUGAAUGCCAAUUCGUUAUUCUCUUCUUUUCUGUAUCUAUGGUAGUGAGCUCUCCUAUUGCAAAUGAAAAUUAUAUU